AUGCUGGAGUGGCGGAAUACAGACCGACAUGCACUGCGAAAGCUCAUCCAGUAUUACAGGCGAUUUGCGGAGCACUAUCGUCUCCCCCAGGUCACAACCUUUGGCCAAAAUGUUGUAAAGGCCACGUGGUCCGCGGAGAAGUCUUUGUGGGUAGUAGACCUGGAGGAUGUUCACUCCGGGAGUCGGGCACGUUGGACCUGCCGUGUCUUGAUCCAGGCGGCCGGCACCUACAAUCGCAAAUCCGUCCCGAAUUACCCUGGCAUGCAUUUGUUCAAGGGGGAGAUGUGGCAUGCUUCUGACUGGCCAGAGAACUACUAUUUCGCGGGGAAGAGUGUGGCAUAUGUAGGCACUGGACCAACAUCCGUCCAGGUCCUUCCUUACAUUCAAGCACAAGCGAAAGAGGUCAGCGUGUUCUGCAGAAGUAUGACAUACUGCCACCCAUUCACAAAUAUUAAGUACCCAGGUUGGGUAAAAUGGGCGUUCCGGUGGAUUCCCGGCCUACUUGCUCUGUAUUCCCUCAUUGUCGCGUCGCUCUUCGCCCCUUGGGCCUACUUUGCCUUUAGGCCCGAAACGUGGCUUGCAAGAUACACGGAGCAUUAUUGCCGCAGGGUUUUAGAGAAACAGGUUCCUGAUCCGGAUCUCCGGAAAAAGCUGAGCCCUACCGGUCGAUUCGGGUCAAAACGACCGCUGGUUUCCCUCUCCGGAUUCUUCGAUGUUCUCCAGAAAGAGAACGUUAAUGUGGUCAGCAAUCCAAUCAUGGCCGUGGACGAAGCUGGCAUCACCACAGAAACACCCAUGACAAAUGAUGCAGUCAUUCAGAUAGAUGACGCAGACAGCAGUGUUUCCAGCGUCUCCACAGAAAGACCGAAGGUUGGAGGCACACAUAUAAAGGCAGAUGUAAUCAUCUGGGGCACCGGAUUCCAGAUGCAGGGAUGGGGUGGAGCGGUGCCGACUUUAGGCCGUGAAGGUAAACUGCUCAGCGAACACUGGAAAGACUCCCCAAAGACGCUCUUUGGUACGUACACUCUCCAUCUACAUCCGUGGAGCCCGCGUUAA